UCAAGUUCCGCCGGCGUCACUCACGACAGCCUUGGCCCACUCCGGUGCAAACCCGUCCAUGUGAGGUCCGCGGCGACAUUGAGAUGAUGGGCAGCCGGCCCCGCAGCCCCAGCGCUUCCUCUGCAGACCAGUGGGAACAGCAGGCCGAAGGACCCGGCCCUGCCAAGCGCCGUCGAACGGAGGAGCCCACGGACCACGAGUUCGAGGUAACGCCCAGACUGGACAACGUGAUGGGGACCCCCGACAUGGGAGCGCUCACCUCCCUGGUGGUUUUGGCCGACGGCUAUGCCCUGCAUCUGACCCUGGACGAGGUCGAGCUGGUGCUGGAGCCCGAGCCCACAUCCGUGCUGCAAGUUUCUCUCGGGGAUCACACCCUCGUGCUGAUCCCCGGAGCCCUCCUGGGCUCUAGCAUCGAAUUCCUAGACGGGGAGAGUCACUCAGCCCUUGUUCUGGAACAGGGCUCUUUUCUGACCGCUCCUGGGGAAUGCAUCGCCCUCGAGCAGGGAUUCUAUGGACCUGUCCCAGAGAUCGCUGGCCAAGAAGAGGUCUAUGAGGAGCACGCAGAAGAUGUGUUCCCGCCUGCUGGGAUGAAUGCAGCCACCAGCUCAGUUGCUGGGCUCCUCCUUUCCCCUAGGAGGGCAUCCGACCCAGACCUCUUGGGCCUAGCCCCAGAGCCCUGGCCUCAGGCACCCAACCCUACUCCAGAGAGAGGCUCUCCUCACCACCAAGACAACCUGGACUUGCACGUUCCGGAGUUCUUCCCCGAUUCACCACUCCAACCUCUACCUCCCUCUCCUUGUCCAGGUUCUCACGAGCGCCCGCAACACCCUCCUGUUCCUGCUCGAAAGGCCCAGAGACGCCUGUUUCAAGAAUGAACUUCCUCCCACAAUUCUUGGCCUCCUGCUGGGGACCAGGAUGGAGUGUUCUGUUGACUGCUGUGUGUAUGUUGCCCACCCAGCCAGGAUCACAAGGCCUUGAUGUGUUUUGGAUGGACGCUGUGUUGCAGAAUUUUGCAGCAGUUGCAAAAUUUACAUCUAGCUGGCUGGAUCCCUGGGAAGGAAGCUCACUUGGGCAAAGAAAAGCCUCUUGAAAUACAGGGUGCUUUAAGACAGCUACUUAGGUUUGUCUCUAGGGAGGUCACCCCUAAGCAGCUCUACGCACCCCCCCAACCAACCCCCAUUUCUCUUCAAAGUCAAGUGCCAGCACUUUUCUUUAAAAUGCCAUCCUUUCCCAGGUACCCUCCGACUGCCCCUCCUCCUUGUUUUCCCCCCAGUAGAGUAAUUAGUAGAUGUAUUUUGUUCAAUGAAGUUUUUGGCCCUGGUGUCCCAACUUUUCUAGAUGAUGGCUCUAGCCCCUUUGGGGGAUCUAACCAAUAGUUGUAUGUGCACAAAUGUUUGUUGGAUACAAAACACGGAAUGGGGAACAAUGAGUAUGACCCUUCUUUUUGAAUGACUAGGUUGGCAAGUGGUUUAAGUCUAUUGCUAUCUUUGUAAGGGUAGUUUCCAAAAAGAAACAACUGUUUUUCAUUUUUCUUACAUACUUUUAAUACAAUUCUGUUGUCAUGGAAAAGUUUCUAAUUCUAAAGAUUCUGUUUUUUGUAUUUGUAAGAUCCCAAAACUGUUUGUACAUUGCUACUGGCAUAUAGAAAAAAUUUGCUCUUAUGUUGGUCUGUUAUCCAGAA